AUGGUGCGCCUUCGCGAUGGCAUGUGGCUGCCCGCCGAGGGCAUCUCCACCGAGUACGCCGAGGACAUCUAUGAAAUCACGCCCUCAGAGGACCAGCAGGCAUUGAGCCUCCUGUGUCCAGUCAAGCACAUCCGCUCGCGCGGCGACACCCUCAACCAGCCGACCGUCACUCUCGACGUCAAGGCUGAGAUGGACGGCAUCAUCUCCAUAGAGUCGACGCACUGGGCUGGCGCGCAGAUCAAGGGACCUCACUUUGAGCUCUUCCCGGACGGCAAGCCGACUGUCCAGGGCGAGAUUAUCAAAAGCGACAAGGGCACGACCCUCAAGUCUGGCGUCUUGUCAGCCACCAUCCAUCCGGAUCCUCAUAACUUCGACAUCAAGUUCCACAGCACCGAUGGCUCCAAGUACCUCACGUCACUUGGCAACCGCAGUACUGGCUUCGCCUACACCCCAUCGCCUAGCACACCGAUGCAGCUAGGCGACAUGCGCGACUUCAAGCACUACAUGUUCUUUCAGACAGCUCUCUCCGUCGGCGAGUCCAUCCACGGCCUGGGAGAGCGGUUUGGCGCCUGGAACAAGGUCGGCCAGCAUGUCUCUCUUUGGAACGCAGAUGGCGGAACCUCUAGUGACCAAGCAUACAAGAACGUCUCCUUCUGGAUGAGCAACCGUGGUUAUGGUGUCUUCGUCGACAACCCCGGCCGGGUAGACUUGGAGAUCGGCAGCGAGCGGACUACCCGAAUCCAGACCACCAUCGAGGGCCAACGCUUGAAGAUCUACAUCAUCUACGGUGAUGGACCUAAGGACGUCCUCAAGAAGUACACCACCCUCACCGGAAAAGCUGGCAAAGUCCCUAGCUGGAGCUUCGGCCUUUGGUUGACAACCAGCUUUACCACUAACUACGACGAAACUACGGUUAACUCGUUCCUCGAGGGCAUGAAGGCUCGUGGCUCCCCAGUCGAUGUUUUCCAUUACGACUGUUUCUGGAUGAAGGCAUUUACCUGGACCGAUUUCGUCUUUGAUUCGGAGCGCUUCCCCGAUCCCAAGGGUCAGAUUUCUCGUCUCAAAGAGAGCGGCCUGUGCAAGAAGGUCUGCGUCUGGAUCAACCCAUACAUCGGCCAGCACGGCGCUGCCUUCAAGCACGCUGCCGACCGCGGUUACCUGCUGAAGCGCAAGAAUGGUGAUAUCUGGCAGUGGGAUCUGUGGCAGGCUGGCAUGGGUCUCGUGGAUAUUACCAACCCCGAGGCUGUUGCCUGGUACGUUGAAUGUCUCAACGGACUCUUCGAUAAGGGUGUAGACGCCCUUAAGACCGACUUUGGCGAACGCAUACCCACGCUCGACGUCCAAUGGCACGAUACCACCGUCGACCCCCACAAGAUGCACAACUACUAUGCAUUUGCCUACAACCGCAUUGUCUACGAGGCUCUCCAGAAUCGCUACGGCAAGGAUGAGGCUGUGCUAUUUGCCCGUGCUGCUUGUGCCGGCACUCAACGAUUCCCUCUGGUGUGGGGUGGCGACUGCGAGUCGACCCCCGAGGCGUUGGCUGAAUCCGUGCGUGGAGGUCUCUCCAUGGGUCUCAGUGGCUAUUCUUUCUGGAGCUGCGAUAUUGGUGGCUUCGAGGGAUACCCUCCCCCAUGGAUUUACAAGCGAUGGGUGGCGAUGGGUCUGCUGUGUAGUCACAGCCGUCUGCAUGGAAGCAACUCUUACCGUGUGCCCUGGACUGUCGAUGAUGAUGACCAGACCGAAGAAGGCUGCUCCAAGACGCUGGCCAAGUGGACCUCGCUAAAGACGCGCUUGAUGCCGUACUUUUACGCCCAGGCAAUGGAGUCGAUCGAGGGUGGAAUUCCCAUGUCUCUUCGUGCUAUAGCUCUCGAGUUCCCCGAUGACCCCACGGCGUGGUAUCUCGACCGCCAGUUCAUGGUGGGAUCCCAGCUACUCGCAGCCCCGAUUUACGACGAGUCGGGCGAGGUCGAGUUCUACCUGCCCAAGGGAAAGUGGACCUCGUACUUUAACAACGAGGUCAAGACUGGGCCCGGCUGGUUCAAGGAGAAGCACGCCUUCGGCACCCUGCCGCUUUACGUGCGCGAGAACACCAUCCUGGUCCUCGGUAAACGCGAUCAAGUCGGAGCCGCAUACGACUACGCCAAGGAUGUCGAGGUUGCCCUAUUCCAGACUGUCCCUGGCGCCAAGGCCACCGUGGUAGACGGCGAGGGCAAGGCCGUUGCGGAGCUUAGCGUCGGAGGUGAUGGUAAACUGGAAGGUGGCGAUACACUUAAGGGUGACUAUAAGAUCGUAUAUAGCGGUCGAAGUUUGGAGGGGGAUGCUACUGUAUCGAUCGAGUCGCUGUAA